UUUGAGCGACACAAAGUAAUCCAUAAUAUUAAAAAUUAAAACAUUCUAAAGUCUAGGAGUACUAUUAAAGAAAUUAUUACUUUCCUUUCAUAUAUUAUAGUCUAACACUUAAACAUUUUUUAAAGGUUCUUUCAAGAUCUAGCAAACAUAUCACUUACCAAACAACUCAAUUUGUAUAUGUAGCCGUAUGUAACACCAUGUAUGCUAGAAGUCAGAUAAAAAAAUUGGUCAACAAAAAUAGAACAAAGUUUAUUAAAGAGAUACCAGCAUUUCUUUUUAUUGAAGGAUUUCCAGGACUUCAACCUAAUAAACGAGAGGAGUUACGAUGCAAACUUCGGAAUUCUGGUGACACUACAGCUAAUUCUUACCUUCUAGAUGCUAUUUUGAGACUGGAUGACUUUUAUGGCAAAUUUAUCCAGUUCUGCACAAAACAUGAAGUGUGUUCAGAUCUUGUGAGGUUAAUUCAAGCUGAAAUGGAGUGUAUCCAUUCCCACAGUGGCAGAGGUGGUAGCUCAAGAAUUGCUGGAGAGAACUAUGUUGUAGCAAGAGAUGGUGAUGGAACUGCCAGAGAAAAUUCUGGAACAAAUGAUGGGAGCUCUUCAGGUAAUCCAGGUGGCCUAAGUGUUCCUAAACAACAAACAACUACAUUCAGCAACAUGUCUGUAGGAACUGAUGGUCAAACAGAUUCAAGUAGCAACAACAUAUCUGCUGGUAGCAACAUGGUAUCUACUGAUAGCAGCAUGGUAUCUACUGGUAGCAACAUGGUAUCUACUGGUAGCAACAACAUAUCUGCUGGUAGCAACAUAUCUGUAGCAACUAAAAAACCUACAGAUGCAGGUAGCACUAUAACUGUAGCAACUAUAAAUGAACCAACAGAUGCAGGUAGCACUAUAACUGUAGCAACUAUAAAUGAACCAACAGAUGCAGGUAGUACUAUGACUGUAGCAACUAUAAAUGAACCAACAGAUGCAGGUAGCACUAUAACUGUAGCAACUAUAAAUGAACCAACAGAUGCAGGUAGCACUAUAACUGUAGCAACUAUAAGUGAACCAACAGAUGCAGGUAGCAACAUGGUAGCCAUGAAUCAAUCAGCUGGCAACAAAGAUGUAUCAACUGAGCAACCAGCAGAUGAAGGUAGCAACAUGAUUGUAAAAAACAAGCAACAAACAGAUGCAGCAGCCACAGGUCAAGAAAUGACCCUGGAUGUUCAGGAAUCAUCAAGAUUCGUUUCACACACACACAAAGAUCUUCAAGAUGUCCACAGCACUAAGAAAAUACCAGACAUCUACAACACAUCUAGCAAAAACACUAAACAAAAUGUGCCUUCAUCUGUUACAAAACAUUUUAAAAGAGCUAGAAAUACCCAAGAAAAUUUUCUGUUAUUGUUUAGGUUUUUAAUAAAUAGUUACAAUUGGAGUUAUUAAAAUAAUUAUUGUUAAGGUUUUUAAUAUAUAGUUGUAAUAGGAAUUAAUCAAAUUAUUAUAGUUUUGUAAAAUUGGUUCGGGAAAAAAUGUAGCCUGUUAGUCAAGGUUGCUGACCUUUCAUCAACUGUUUUACCUCCCUCACAGAUUGUUAGAGAGGUGUGAUUCACUUCAUAAAUACUUUUGAUUCAAAUAAAACAUAUCUAUCUAUAUAUAUAAAAAGCAAUGUAUGUGUGUUUGUCCUUUAUGCAUUACUACACCUCUCAUCACAUCGCCGUGAAACUUUGGGAAGUUGUUGAGAAUAGUCCUGGGGAGGUUUCUGCGAAAAAAAAAAUUUCAAAUUCGCAGGGGUGGCGCCGGCAGGGCGCGAUUUGUUUUUCUCUAUAUACCGUAUAUAAAAAUAAAAGUCGAUUUUGGUUUGGCAUCGUUCAUCCGAUAGCCAUGAGACUUUGGGGAGUUCAUUAUACCACGCUAGGGAAGGGUUCUGUAAAAAAAUAA